AUGCCGUAUGUGCUCGGAGUCAUCCAUGAGAAUUCACGUCGGAAAAGCGAUGGGAAUACUCCAGCUGACCCAGCCAAUCGUCGCAAAAAUCUGAAGCAGGCAUUUUACAGCCAAUCGCAGCAGGGCCAGGUACAGGAAUGGCACAGGAAGAUUUGGCCUGGCGUGCCAUUGCCAAGGCCUCUUCCGUACAAGGUUCGCGCAGGGCAGCUCGGAUGUUUGCCAGAGCGCACUGUUCACACGUCAGUGCUGAUUGCUAGUUUGGGCUGGAUGCUUCAUGAUCCAGGGAAGCGUGCAUCCACCGUUGGACAGGCUGCUAGCGUUCUGACGGAGUUGGUUACCAUGUUGUGCAGGCUAGAGCAACAAACACUGGUACUGUGGGACAUGCAGCGGCUGACCCCUGUGCAGUGCAUGUUGAACAGAGAUGGUACCUUCAAUGGGGAUUUGCUCUGGGGCGGAGACUGUGCGCGAAAGCGCUUUUUCUUGGAUAUGUGGCACCGACAGCUUGCAUCUUUGUCAGCAGAAGACCCCAAGAUGGGCGUGAAGACCAUGCCCCACACGCCCCAUGUGGCAGAUGUGAUCGUCUUCGCAUUUUGCAGGACGUGGUGUGACGGGAACGACCCCGACGAUGUCCACGAGGAUGUCAAGGAUGACAAUGGCCUGCGGCUUUGCACGCAGUUGGAACGAAUGCGGCACAUGCCAAAACGGCAACUGCCCUGGAAUGUUUUCUGGGAUGCCUUGGAGAAGCUUCGGCAAGGGAAGGAAGUUUUCAUCAGCCGAGCUGUGAACGAGUGGAAGAUUUCGUCGUGUGAGUUCGCAAGGAGGGUCACGUAUCUGCAUCGGAUGCGUGCAGAGUUUCAGACUCAUUCUAUGAUCACGGACACGGACGUGGCCGUGAAGCGUGUGCGAGACCAGGCUUUAUCUGCGGACCAUAGCUUGGUGCAGGCAGGUGGAGUCUUGGAGGAAAUAGAGGAAAAGUGCUAUCAGUGCAUGCGUGACAACCACGCGUGGGUGGAGAGCGCAGCGUCUCAACAGUUCGAGGAGGGAUCUACAGGUCCGCUUUUCGUGAUUUGGGCUUUGCGCCUGGAGCGCUUCCGUAUACCUUUUGCGAUUCUGGAGAACACCCCAGACUUCCACGUGAGCAUCGUGCACGACAUGCUUUCCCACCUCUACCACAUUUAUGAGUUGUUCGUGGACCUCGCAGACGUUGGCCACUCCGGCGCCGCCCGCAAGCGUGUAUAUGUGAUCUUAGUGAGCAAGCAGUGUCGCAUCAUCGCAGACCCUCGUCACAUCUACAAGGAGGUCACAUGUUCCAUACGGAAGCGCUUCGCCACGAGACCACGCGACUACCUUACUGCAAGCGAACUGGAGGUCAGGUGUGAAGCAAUGGAGCAAGCACGUGUUUUGGAUGCACGUCUCAGAGACGUUGUGUGGCAGCCCGAGCUGGACAACUUGUCUUAUCUGCUUUCCCCCAGAGAACGGGAAGUGAUGACUCGACUAGACCAGACAUACGAGCGCCUGUACGGUGUACGUCCGGGCACGCAGCCGGAUCUAGUGUAUUUUUUGGGUGAUUCCGCGGAGAGGCAGAACUGGUCAGCCAGGAGUGGCAAGCUGCCUACGUUCCGACGCAAUGCUGUCUCUGGAAAGUACUGGUACCCGGCGGCUCAGCGUUGGUUGACUAACCCAGAAAAGCUGCCUGGCGGCAUUCCUGAACAUCUCUUCCUUGUAGAGACUCUGAUCCCGGCUGAUCAGGUUAUCCGCCAUGACGUUCCCUGUGCGGGCGGCUGUGGCAGAUGCUGCUGGAGUACCGGUCUUGCCGUCGCUGGAUGUAAAGCGUUCAGCGCAGCUGGUGGGGAACGCAAUGGCGAUGCAGAAUGUCGCCCUUGUCUUGAUGGUGGCACUGUCUUGCUUCGCGCAGGAUGCACCGCAUGCUCCGGGUCGGCUUUGAAAAGGGGUUUGCUCGCUCAGUUGCUUCUCAUGCGCGGCUUCUUGAUGCAUCUCCGUUUCAACUUCAACUGUAAACCCGCAAGUGGUGCAUUGUGCGACGCAGUAGAUUUUGCUCAGGUUGCGUCCAGUCUAGUAGGUCCGGUGCCAGCAGUGUGCUGCUGA